AUGCAACAUAAAUUAGAUAAAAAUAUCUCAAAAAUUAAAAAUAUUUUUUAAGAUAUUGAGAAAAAAUUAAAAAAAUUAACAAUAUUAUAAAUUGACUAUGAUCAAUCACAAGAUGAUGAAUCAAGUGAAGACAAUGAUGAUCAAGAUAAUUGGAUCUAAAACUAAUAAUAAGGAUAUGAAUAAUAAGAACUAGAAAAUAAAUAUAAUUAAGCUUUUAAUUUCUUAAGAAAUCUUUCUUUGAAAUAAGUUUAAUAAAAAAUUGAAGAAUAAUAACCUUAAUUACAAACAUAAGAUUAAAUCUAAUAGUGUGAAGAAUAAACUAAUAUUAAAUAUAUUGAAAAAUUUGGAAACAAUUCAAUAGUAGUUGCAACAAAAAGUUAAAUAAGAAUAUAUGAUUUAAUAUAAAAAUGCUUUUAACCAAAAAUUCAAUAAAUUGAUGCUAAAAUCACUUCAUUAUAAGUUACAAAACUUGAUUCAGUAAUUGUUAUUGGAAAAAAAAAUGGGUAUAUGGAAGUUUUUUUGGAAUAUGACUAAAAAAUGAAAUAAUAAUUUAAGUAUUAAUUUAUAUAGUAAAUUAUUAUAGUUCAAGUAUCUUUAAAAUAAGUGAAGAAGAAGGGAGGUUAUUUAUUGAAAAAUUAUACCUAAGCCAAAAUCAGUAAGCUAUUGCUUGUUUAGGGAGAGAUGGACAUUUAAAAUUUUAUGAAACUUUAAAUUUCGAUUAAAUAAAUUGUAUAAAACUUGAUUUUGGAUCCAAAAUUAUUCCUACGUGUUUAUUUGCAAAAUCUUAAAAUGAGUAUAUAAUAGGAGCAGAAAAAUCUGUGUUUUUUAAUUAAAAUAGAAUAACACCUGUUUUUGGAGGGAAAAUUAAAAAAAUUUGUUAAUUUGGUGAUUAUUGGUUGAUUUCAGAUAAAUUCAAAAUUUAUUUCUUAAAAAAAUUAAAUAAAAUAGAGUCAGAAUUUACAUUUAAUUCAGAACAUAUAAUAUAUUUGAAUACUUUCUAUGAUAGUCAAUACAUUUUUAUCAAUACUAAAUCUGCUAAUUCUAAUCAGUAUGAGAAUCAAAUUGCUAAAAUAUAAGAAGAAAAAGAUUAGAUAAAUAUUCAAUUAGAAAAGUUAGAUAAAAAUAUUCAAGUAAAGUUAUUAAAAAGAUAUUAAAAUAAAAAUACAACUUUUUUAUAUACAGUUGAUGGAUUUAAUAUUAUGGAGUAUAAAAUGAUAAGAGAGAAUGAUAAAUUUAUUAUUUUAUGA